CGUUUUCCGACAUGCUCGGCCUAGCGGUUUAGCUAACGGCACGCACCGAUAAAUACUGCCACACGCCCAUUUCCACGUCGUCGUUUCUGGCUGUACAAUCCAUUUUUCUGGAACAACUCCAAAUGGCUAACAACAAGUCACUGAAUCGUCUUUUAUGGAAUUUCUUUGUGCAUCAUGAUUCACCGUUGAAGAAGAGACGAGAGUUGUAUCAAGGAGUACUCUACAAUGUAAUCAAGCGGUUUAAGUCAAGGUUACCAGAAUCAGGCAAGGAGUUAGAAGAUUCACAUAGUUCUGAGUUAGAGAAUAGAAGACGAGUUGAGUCAGGAAUCGAGAGUGAUAGCUCUGGUGAUGAAGAUACAACAAGUGAUGGAAAGUGGAAACUAGACUUAGCUUGGCUCACUAGAGCACUUGAACCUGCUACUCAACUCCGUAGAUGGGCUCUUCCUACAGGAGAGAAAUCACAACCUGGUAGUAGAUCUUUAUCUGAGAUCAUUGCUAGUAUUCAAAAGAGUAAGCUUGGGAUUGAAGGUUGGACUCUCGGUGAUCUUACAAUCGGUCUUUAUCUUAUCUACCUUAGACAAGCAUCAUUGUCUCCAUUUGAGGACGUUAAGGGAGUUCAAGUUGUUUCAGAAUCAACCGUUUCUGAUCUCAUAUACAACGCGGAGUUAGCCAAAGGCUGUUACAGGGAUAGUGUGAGUGGUCUUGCGAAGAACACCAUGCUCCGAGAGAACAACAUUCUUAAAUUUGUGAAAGAUUCUAGUGUUAUGAGGCCUGGUUAUUACGUGGGAGUUGAUCAUCGGAGGAAGCUUGUAGUCUUUGGAAUACGUGGGACGCAUACUAUCUAUGAUAUUAUUACUGAUAUUGUCUCUUCAAGUGAUGAUGAGGUCACGUUUGAAGGAUACUCGACGCACUUUGGAACCGCUGAAGCUGCACGGUGGUUUCUUAAUCAUGAGUUGCAGACUAUAAGAAGGUGCUUAGAGAAAUACGAGGGAUAUAAGUUAAGGCUUGUUGGUCAUUCUCUGGGAGGUGCUAUAGCUUCUUUAAUGGCGAUUAUGCUUAGGAAAAUGCCAAGAAAGGAGCUGGGAUUCGACGCUGAGAUCAUUUCGGCAGUUGGAUAUGCGACACCUCCUUGUGUUUCCAGAGAGCUUGCAGAGAACUGCUCUGAGUUUGUGACAACUAUUGUUAUGCAGGAUGAUAUUAUACCGAGACUGAGUACAGCUUCUCUAGCGAGAUUGAGAGAUGAAAUACUUAAGACCGAUUGGACAAGUGUGAUCGAGAAGGAAGAGUGGAAAAGCGUAUUAGACUUGGUAACAAACGCGAAACAAGUCGUCUCCUCCGUGCAAGACGCAGCUCGUAAAGUUUCUGAGUAUGCAAAUUUUGGAAACAAGAACGAUUAUCCUGGUAACUAUUGAGUAUCAUCACUAGAAAACGUAUCAUCUUCAUUAAUCUCUUUAUUUUUCUUGAUUCUCAUCAGAACUCCCUUCGUCGAAGAACGAUUACUCUGAUACCUUGAGCACUGAAACUACAACUAAAGAUGUUGUUAAGUUGCCAGAAGAGUUGUAUGUACCGGGAGCAGUAUACUAUCUGAUGAGGAACGUAAGAGGAAACAAAAAAAGCUCAGCAGGGAAGAAAGUAGAAUACUUUAAUCUAUGGAAGAGAGAUCCAGGACAACAUUUUCAGAGGAUACUUCUCUCAGGUAAUUUCAUUACAGACCAUAAAUGUGAUAGCCACUACUACGCGCUGCGAGAUGUUCUCAAAGGGUUUCCUGGUUUCAUCGACGAAAGCAUUUUUAACAAGAGAUCUAAGUGAUCUCAUCUCUCUGGUUAGAACACAAUGUUUAGUUUGUCUGUGAACAUUUUUUUUUUGUCAACAGCAAAUUUAUUUAAAGAAUAAGUUAUCAGUUUACUACUGCUUGAAGAGUGUGUGUGGUUCAAUGAUAACAGUUUGUUGCAAACACUUAUAAGAAUAAAAAUAUCAGUUUAUC